CGUAAGUGUCAAUUUUCCCAUAAAAGCACUCUAAAACAAGAUCUCUGGUGUUAUUUUUGUCAACUCAAUUUUUUUACUGCCUUAAAAAUGGACAACAGUCGUCAAUGCACUGCCAAGCGAGUGUGUGUCACCUAUUUACUUUCAUUUGUGCUGCUCUCAGCCUUUUUUUACUAUCUAAUGGCGCACAACAGCAGGAACAACGCUGGAAUAUCGCGGCUUCGUGAGGACGUGGACGAUAUAUCGCACAUGCUUCGCCAGCAGCAGAUGGAGAGCAAGGACGCCCAGAUCUCUGGCGGAGAGCCAAAGGGCCUGGGAUCGGGAAUGGGAGCCGGAUCGGGCAGGUGCGACAACCGAGACGUGAACGCCUACGUGGACACCUUGUUCAAGCGCAAGAUCGGUCAUCUGAUGGACGACGUGUACAACCUGAAGAAGCAGAUGAAAAGCGCCGAGUGCUCCGCGCGUGGUGGCCAGUCCAAAAGUGCCAAAAGUGAGUCCGUCUCGGUGGCGAAGGCUCGCAUUAACUACGCUUGCGAGGAGCUGGGUGCCAGGAUCAUCGACGUGGAGGCCCGGCCCAUCGGGGGCAGCAAUGUGAUCAGAACGCUCCUUGGACUUGACUUCAGCGCCAAUCCGCCGGUUAAUAUGCUGCGCCCGGGCCUUUCUCCGGGAUCCUGCUUCGGGUUCAGCGGCAGUCGGGCCACAGUGACCCUGCACCUGGCCAAGUCCAUCAAGGUGGAGGUCAUUGCCCUCACUCAUGUGGCCCGCGAUAUGACGCCCACGCUUUGCGUGAAGAGUGCCCCCAAGGAGUUCGAAGUGUACGGUCUGCGGGCGGACAACUCCAAGCGGGAGCUUUUGGGACAGUGGACCUUCGAUAAUGCGGCCAACCGGCGUACACAGAGCUACACUGUGCACAACGAUCACUUCUUUAGGAGGCUGUCCCUUAGAUUCAAUUCGAACCACGGUGCGAAUUCAACCUGCAUUUAUCGCAUUGAAGUUUUUGGGAGAUUGCCGUAGUAUGCACGAUUUCAUAUUAGAAAAAUUUAUGUAUUUUAGUUAUUUUAUUUAACCUUAAUAUAUGUUGAGUUCGUUGAAGUUCAGAUACA